AUGAAGGUGUUCAAGAAGAAAGGAGGAGCCGCAGGACGCAAAAUAACAGAGAUAAUGGUGGCCCUAGAAGAGAAACUCAACAUUGAAACAAGACGACUCUGCAUCCUAAAGGCUCUGUGCGUGUACUUGAAUGAAGACCCCGAAGACCUGGUUAAGACCUACAUGGAGCGAGAGGAAGGUAGAGAGGAGCGAGAGGGGCGAGAAAAGAGAGGUGCGAGACGGGCGAGAGGAGCGAGUAAAGAGAGGCGCGAGAAAAGAGGGAGCGAGAAAAGAGAGAGGAGCGAGAAGAGGGAGGAGCGAGAAACGAGAGGAGAGAGAGGAGCGAGAAGAGAGAAGGGCGAGAAGAGAGAGGAGCGAGAGAGAGCGAGCGGAGCGAGGAGCGAGAAGAGAGAGGGGCGAGAAAAGGGGAGCGAGAAAAGAGAGGGAGAGAGAGGAGAGAGAGGAGUGAGAAGUGAGAAGGACGAGAAGAGAGAGGAGAAGAGAGAGGAGCGAGAAAAGAGGAGAGAGAGGAGCGAGAAGGGCGAGAAGAGAGAGGUGCGAGAAGGGCGAGAGGAGCGAAGAAAAGAGAGGAGAGAGAAAAGAGAGGAGCGAGAGGAGCGAGAAAAGAGAGGAGCGAGAAAAGAGAGGAGCGAGAAAAGAGAGAGGAGCGAGAAAAGAGAGUGGAGCGAGAAAAGAGAGGAGCGAGAAAAGGGAGGAGUGAGAAAAAAGAGGAGCGAGAAAAGGGAGGAGCGAGAAAAGAGAGGUGCAAGAAAAGAGAGGAGCAAGAAAAGAGAGGAGCGAGAAAAGAGAGAGGAGCGAGAAAAGAGAGUGGAGCGAGAGGAGCGAGAAAAGGGAGGAGCGAGAAAAGAGAGGAGCGAGAGGAAGGUAGAGAGGAGCAAGAGGGGCGAGAAAAGAGAGGUGCGAGACGGGCGAGAGGAGCGAGUAAAGAGAGGCGCGAGAAAAGAGGGAGCGAGAAAAGAGAGAGGAGCGAGAGGUGAGCGGAGAGAGGAGCGAGAAGAGAGAGGAGCGAGAAACAAGAGGAGAGAGAGGAGCGAGAAGAGAGAAGAGCGAGAAGAGAGAGGAGCUAGAAGAGCGAGAAGAGAGAGGAGCGAGAAAGAGAGGAGAGAGAGGAACGAGAAGAGAGGAGAGAGAGGAGAGAGAAGAAGAGGAGCGAGAGAGCGAGAGGAGCGAGAGGAGCGAGAAAAGAGAGGAGCGAGAAGAGAGAGGAGUGAGAAGAGAGAGGAGCGAGAAGGAGAGGAGAGAGAGGAGCGAGAAGAGAGGAGAGAGAGGAGCGAGAAGAAAGAGGAGCGAAAGGCGCGAGAGGAGCGAGAAGAGAGAGGAGCGAGAAGAGAUGAGCGAGAGGAGCGAGAAGAAAGAGGAGCGAAAGGAGCGAGAGGAGCGAGAAGAGAGAGGAGCGAGAAGAGAGAGGAGCGAGAAGAGAGAGGAGCGAGAAGGAGAGGAGAGAGAGGAGCGAGAAGAGAGGAGCGAGAAGAAAGAGGAGCGAGAAGAAAGAGGAGCGAGAAGAGAGAGGAGCGAGAAGAGAUGAGCGAGAGGAGCGAGAAGAAAGAGGAGCGAAAGGAGCGAGAGGAGCGAGAAGAGAGAGGAGCGAGAAGAGAGAGGAGCGAGAAGAGAGAGGAGCGAGAAGAGAGAGGAGCGAGAAGAGAGAGAGGAGAGAGAAGAGAGAGGAGCGAGAAGAGAGAAGAGCGAGAAGAGAGAGGAGCGAGAAGAGAGAGGAGCGAGAAGAGAGAGGAGUGA